AUGGGUCAGAACCCAAGUGAGUCUGAGCUACAAGACAUGAUCAACAAGGUCGACAAGGCCGAGAAGGGAGCGAUGGCAAAAGUCCGGGCAGAACAUCCGGAUCUGUCGAAAGAAGACUUCGAGACGAAUAUUUACGAAAAGGGUGUAGUCCUCGAGCAGUCGACACCAUGA